AUGCCUCAGUUGUUAGAUGCAUCGUCAUCACCGUCCACAAUAAACGACAAUAAAAAUAAUCGACUGAGCGUUAAUAAAGGUAAUAAUAGUAAGAACAACAGUAUUAAUAGUUAUCGUGGUAAAUCGUACGAUGCAGAUUAUUGGAUUCAGCAAGCUGAACAGUGCAAGUAUUUGCCUGAAGAUGAGAUGAUUAUUCUGUGUGAU